AGGCUCCGGACGCUAGAGCCGCGGACGCUGGCGCCGCAGCCGCCUUGUGAACCGCCCCCGGGAAGCCGGGGCCGUGAGGAGCCAGGAGGCGCCGGUGCGCCUCCAGGCGCUGACUACUCUCCUACCCGCCGUCUGAGGUCCCGACUGUCUCGACUUCCCAUCUUCUGAAGGAAGGGCAACAAGGUCUGAGUGGCUCCUCCUCAGGUUCACAGCAGGCCUUGGUGUCCCAGCAUGGCCCAUUGACAUGAACCAUGCCUGGCUGGCUGGCGCUCACCACUAACCACCCAGAUUUACAUCUCGCCACGAGGUGACCCCCUCCUACAGCCGCCCCCCAAUUUGCCCACACCUGCCCAGUAAAGUGCCGCGGCUGCCACGGACACCAUGUAGUAGGGCUGGCCGCGGCGCCCAGUAAGCUGCGAUGGUUUUGUACACAACCCCCUUUCCUAAUAGCUGUCUGUCCGCCCUGCACGCUGUGUCCUGGGCCCUCAUUUUCCCAUGUUACUGGCUGGUGGACCGGCUGAUAGCCUCCUUCAUCCCCACCACCUACGAGAAGCGUCAGCGAGCAGACGACCCGUGCUGCCUGCAGCUGCUCUGCACCGCCCUCUUCACACCCAUCUACCUGGCCCUCCUUGUGGCCGCGCUGCCCUUUGCCUUUCUCGGCUUCCUCUUCUGGUCACCUUUGCAGUCUGCCCGCCGGCCCUACAUCUACUCACGGCUGGAGGACAAGGGCCUAGCUGGUGGGGCAGCCCUACUUAGUGAAUGGAAGGGCACAGGGUCUGGAAAAAGCUUCUGCUUCGCCACUGCCAACCUCUGCCUCCUUCCUGACUCACUUGCCAGACUCAACAAUGUCUUCAACACCCAAGCACGAGCCAAAGAGAUCGGGCAGAGAAUCCGCAAUGGGGCUGCGCGGCCCCAAAUCAAAAUUUACAUUGAUUCACCCACGAACACCUCUAUCAGUGCAGCCAGCUUCAGCAGCCUGGUGUCACCGCAGGCCGGUGAUGGUGGGGCCAGGGCUGUCCCUGGGAGCAUUAAGAGGACAGCCUCUGUGGAGUACAAGGGUGAUGGCGGGCAUCGCCCCAGUGAUGAGGCUGCCAAUGGGCCUGCCUCUGGGGACCUGGCUGACAGUGGAAGCCUUGAGGAUGCCUGCAUCAUCCGCAUCAGUGGCGAGGAGGGGGGGCAGCCACCUGAAGCCGAAGACCCUGCCCCUGGAAGCCAGGCCAAGAACGGGGCUGGCGGGGGCCCAAAGGGCCAGACACCCAACCACAGUCAGCAGGAUGGGGAUUCGGGGAGCCUGGGCAGCCCUUCAGCCUCCAGGGAGUCCCUGGUGAAGGCACGAGCUGGGCCAGACAACAGUGGUGGAGGGGACCCAGGUGCCAACAGCAAGCUCCUAUACAAGACCUCAGUGGUGAAGAAGGCAGCCACACGCAGGAGGCGGCACCCUGAUGAGGCCUUUGACCAUGAGGUCUCAGCCUUCUUCCCUGCCAACCUGGACUUCCUGUGCCUGCAGGAGGUGUUUGAUAAGCGGGCAGCUGCCAAAUUGAAAGAGCAGCUUCAUGGCUACUUCGAGUACAUCCUGUACGACGUGGGGGUCUAUGGCUGCCAUGGCUGCUGCAGUUUCAAGUGUCUCAACAGUGGCCUCUUCUUUGCCAGCCGCUACCCCAUCAUGGAUGUGGCCUAUCACUGUUACCCCAACGGUCGCGGCGGUGAUGCCCUGGCCUCUAAGGGAGCGCUGUUUCUCAAGGUGCAGGUUGGAAACACACCUCAGGACCAAAGAAUCGUUGGGUACAUCGCCUGCACACACCUGCACGCUCCACCAGAGGACAGCGCCAUCCGCUGUGAGCAGCUAGACCUGCUUCAGGACUGGCUGGCUGAUUUUCGAAAAUCUACCUCCUCGUCCAGCGCAGCCAACCCCGAGGAACUGGUGGUGUUUGACGUCAUCUGUGGAGACCUGAACUUUGACAAUUGCUCCUCUGAUGACAAGCUGGAGCAGCAGCAUUCCCUGUUUACACGAUACAAGGACCCCUGCCGCCUGGGGCCUGGGGAGGAGAAGCCGUGGGCCAUUGGUACCCUGUUGGACACCAGUGGUCUCUACGAUGAGGAUGUGUGCACCCCUGACAAUCUGCAAAAGGUCCUGGAAAGUGAGGAAGGCCGGCGGGAGUACCUGGCUUUCCCCACCAGUAAGAGCCCAGGAGGUGGCCAGAAGGGGCGAAAGGACCUGCUGAAAGGCAACGGCCGACGUAUUGAUUACAUGCUGCAUGCUGAGGAGGGGCUGUGCCCCGACUGGAAGGCCGAGGUGGAAGAAUUCAGUUUUAUCACCCAGCUGUCCGGCCUGACCGACCAUCUCCCUGUGGCCAUGCGGCUGCUGGUGUCUGCAGGGGAAGAGGAGGCAUAGUCCAGCCAAAUCAUCGGCAUCCAGAGCGCAGGCCUGUGCCUGCCCUUUGAGCUGCAGCCCAUCCUUGGGCCAUGCCUCCUCCAUCCAGCGCCCAGUGCUGGGGGAGGACAGGGGACAAGGUGGGAGCCACGGUCAGUCCCAGGGAGCCUGGAAGCAGUGCUGCUCUUUGACUCUCGGGUGUCUCCGAAGACAGAGACUCAGGCCAGCCUAGGAGCCCCUGGCUGCCUAACCAGUGCCAUUCUUUCCAAACGUGAUUUUCUACAGAUCUACAGCACAACCUAGUUUGUAACCCAAGGAUUAGUAUGAGGACCCAGUUUAUGUGCUCUUCGUAUCUCUUCUCAAGCUUCGUCCAGGGUUAUUUUGUCUGCUGCCAAUGUCGUCUCGCAUGCCUGCACCCUCGCAUGCACGCUGCUCGCAUGCCACGUGCCACAGUGUCGCUACCCAGACCCCUUGCUCAGGCCUCACCCAAGGCCAGACUCCAAACACAAUCAGAACCAGCCAAAGAAGCACUUCCUGGGCUUGGCUGCCAGCCAUCCAUCUCCAGCCUAGAAGGGGUACCAUGGGGACAGGAGGGCUGUUAUUAUCAGCCAGCCCAGGGCUCUUCCCAGAGUCUUGCAUUCAAGGGCAAUUACAUCUUAAAAAAGAAAACAGAAAAAGUUAAAACAAAAUCACCCUUCACUUUAAAGGGUCUGCAAGUCACUAGGUAGAACUUUGUUCCUCCCAAGACAGGGUCCCUUCCCCUGCCCGGACAUACUAGGGGCCAGCUGGCUCUGCCCACCCGGGUGGUUCCUCUAGGAGACUUGAAUCCAGGCCAUGGAGCCAUAACCAGAAAUCCAAGAAGAUGGUAUCACUUUUUUACAAGAAGGGGACUCACAGCAUAAAAGGGUGGGGGGCAGGGUCUUCAUUUUGAAAAUGACAGAUUUGUAGCUUCUCUUCCAUCCUAGCCAAUGCAUCUUCUUCCUUCUGCCAAGCCCCUUGCUACCCUUCAGACACCUCUGGUUCGGGACCAAUCCUUCCCCAGGGACUUCUGCCAUCCAUGUGCCAGCUGAGCUCAGGAAUUGCCUGUCUGCCCCUGGGUGGGGCUGUGGCUCUGGCCUCCCAGGCCAUCCUCAACAGCUACUCCAGCCAAUGCCAUGUCUAGGGGUACCCUGGAUGAAGAAACAAGAAGCCAAGGUGCAGAACACAGCCUGUCUGGCACCUGUGGGAUGGUCCUGCACCUGGCUGGGAUGGCCAGGUCAAUGCCACUUCGUGCCUAGGGCAGGGAGUGGUACUAGCAUGCAGGCACACAGAAGCCACCCUGCCACUGUGCAACCACAGCCUGCCUGGACUCUCUGUGUGGCCCUCCCUUGUCCAGACUUGGGCAAGGAUUUGUGGAGGGUCCCCCACUGCUGGGAGCAGCCAGGACUCUGUUCCCACACAGGGAUCACUUAGGCAGGUCCAACCCCCACCUCCCAGACCUAAGCUGCUGUACACACAGAGCAGGCAGCUGAGGCCAAGGCCAGGGUCCCUGCACCACUCCAGCAGCUUCUGACCCUGAGGGUGAGGCAGCACAUGUGAAGUCAGGGCCACAUGCUUCUCAUCCUCGCAACACCCAGGGCGGCCUUAGGCAGGUCAUACCGCCCUGUGCCUCAGUCACACUGUCAUCACCUCUGCCUAGUCAGGUCCUGGUGUCCAGGGGGAUGGCCUGCCUUCCUAGCUUCCCUCAUACCUCCCUUAGAGCUGAGGCUGCAACUACCACAGUUUUCAUCAUGGUGUGCCUGUGGACUUCAGGGCUUUGUCUAGCAAGGCUUUUCCAUUUUGAUUUUUAAAAAACAAAGAAAAGAAAAAAAAAAAAAAAAAAAAAAAAAACAAACUGCCAGGAUCUCAGAUUCUGGGAGGGGGCAGUAAAAGGGAUCAUCCAAAUCCAAACCAAGGCUCUUGCCUGCCCAGGCCCACUGCAAGGGAAGCCACAAGGCAAGUAGGUUGGCUUAGGAAGGAAACAUUCAUUUUCAUUUAUCCAAAACCACCUUGAGUUUUAAGUAUAUUAACCUUGAUGCUUUUUAACUAUUGUAUUAACUUGCUGAGAUUUAGAAAUACUGUUUUAAAAAAAGAAAAACACUUUUUUAAUUUCUGUAUUGUAUCCUCAUGGGACAUUAGGGGUUUUAUAUGGUAAGACACCUAAGGUUUUGGUAAAAAUG